AUGUCUCUGAAAAGCAAUAAAGGAGGAGCAGAAAGUAGACCGUCCUCUGCUACCAGCUCAUCUCCACGAGGCGGGAGGGGUGCGGUAGCUGGCAGGUCACCAGCUUCUGGGAGAUUCAAAAACAAGGCCCUUCAGCUCAGCCUCUCCAAGAAAUUCUGCUCUAAGUCAAAGUCCCCCGCGGCCCAGGCGAAGGGCUCUGAAGAGGUCGAGGCUCGCCGGAACAGCAAGAGGAGCAGCCACAGCUCAGCGGUGGCCGCUGCCUACAUCUCCUACCUCAAUAAACUCUUUGGACAGGAGCGAGAUUUGAUGCCAGGGGAGUUGGAUGAGCUGCAGGAGGCCUUUAAGGAAUUUGACUACGACGCGGAUGGUUUCAUCCAUUACAAAGACAUCGCAGACUGCAUGAGGACCAUGGGCUACAUGCCUACAGAGAUGGAGCUGAUCGAGAUCAUCCAGCAAAUCAAGAUGAGAUGGGGUGGUCACGUAGACUUCGACGAUUUCUGCCAGUUAAUGGGGCCGAGGAUGCUGGCUGAGACGGCUAACAUGGUCGGCCUGAAGGAGCUCCGCUGUGCCUUCAAACAGUUUGACUGCGACGGCGAUGGAAAGAUCACGUUGGAUGAGCUGAAAGAGGGCACGAAGACCCUCCUGGGGGAGAAGCUGAAGAAAGGUGAGCUUGAGGAAAUCCUCGCCGACAUUGACCUCAACAAAGAUGGCAACAUCGACUUUGAUGAGUUUGUUAUGAUGCUGUCUGCGCUGUGACCUCUGAUGGUGCUGAAGACUGGAGCACACAACACAGCAGCUCGUGAACACGGCGUUCUUCCUGCUGGCUAUCAGCACUCUGUGUUGCAGGUGUCUAAAUAUAACAUGAAGAGAUCUGUUCAUGUUUUCUAACGACAGUUGAGAUGGGUUGAGUGUAAGUGCAGAGGGUGAGUUAUAAAACAGAAUAUAGUGAAUAACAAUAAUGCACCACUGUCGCCCCCUAGUGCUAAAGAAUAUAUAUGUAUAAACGCUCUAGCUCUACAAAUUGAAGAUUUAUCAGCAAAGGUUUAAGAGAGGUUUAUAAUCUAAACU